GGGUUGCACAUGUAAGACAGUUAAGGAGGAUUUUUUUCUCUGAGGAUAGUGAAGCUGUGGAAUUAUCUACCGUUGAGGCCUGGUCACUGAAUAUACUCAAGAUAGAUAGACAGACUUAAUUAUUAAUGGCAUCAAGGAUUAUGGGGAAACGGCAGGAAAGUGGAGUUGAGAACUAUCAGAUCAGCUGUGAUCACAUUGAAUGGCAGAACAGACUUUUAAAGGUUGAAUGAUUUCCCUCUGCUCCUAAUUCUUAUCCUAAGACCUUGACCCCUUGUGCUAAACCCCAUCAGCCAGGGAGAGCAUCAUCCCUUCGUUCAGUCUGUCCAGUCCUGUCAGCACUUUAUACAUUUCAUUGAGAGUUCAGUCAUUUUUCUAAGUUUCUGUGAAUAUAGGCUGGGUCAACCCAAUCUCUCUUUGUGUGACAACCUUUCCAUCACAGGAAUCAGACUGGUGAGCCUUCGUUGCACUUCUACUUUGGUCUCCUUUUCUCGAGUGAGGAGACGAAAACUAUGCACAACGUUCCAGGUAUAGUAUGAAAAUGUGAAAAAGCAACCUGAACUAUGCAAAGAGGAACAGAGGAGUGGUGGUGUCUUGGCUGGCAUUUCUUUGCAAAGCACCACUAACAAACUAGUUAAUUGGCCCUUCAUGCUUGUUUGUAGGAUUUUGCUGUCUCAGAUUGGUAAGUUUCCUUACAUGAUUGCCACUGUGCUCGAACAUUAAUUCGGUGUGACGCACUUGACAAGGACACUGUGAGGCACUUUACAUGUAUUGGCAUUCAAACCUUUUAAAUUGAGCUAAUGAUGGGAUGUUCUUUUUUGCAGAGUAGCCAACGUUGGACAAUCUUGGGAAUUCUGAAAAUUUUCAUUAAACUAAUCCAUAAGUGGGAUCGAGAUGAGGAAGACGAAAAUCCUCUGUGCACCUUUAAGGAUCAGCUUUGUAUCCUGGUAUUUUCUGCACUGACUGAUUCCAGUGUCCAACUACAAAUGGUGGGGAUCAGCACUUUGGCAGUUCUGGCAUCACAGCAAGAUUUGCUGUCCCCCACCGACAUCGAGUUGAGUGUAGACCAUUUGAACAGAUUGAUCCUGCAGGAGGCCGACCCUCAGGUUUGUGCUGCAGCAUUGGAAGCUUCCACGACCAUUUCUGCAAUCCAUCCCUCCGCUUUCAUUAGUAAGAUGGUCCCAGCACUGACGCAAGAGUUAAAUACAGAACCGAUGGAAGUAAAGAGUGAUGACAAACCUCCUGCAUCGUCUGGUAAUGCUUUGCGUCAACGCAGUAUACAGGCUCUGGCUGCCAUUUCCACGCACCCCAGUAUAGUGAAGAGGACAGUCCCAGUCCUGCUGCAGCAUCUGAUCCGUUUACAGAAAGGGAGUUCAGGCAAUGAAGGUGACACGGCCAUCUUGACCUGCCAGAGCCUGCAGCUGGUGGCAGAACAUUGUCGUGGUGCUGGAGAGAGUAGCCAGUACUUUCACCAAAUGGUCAUCCCAUGCCUGCUGGGACUGGCCAUCCAGACAGCUGUACAAGACUGUGGCUGUGAGGUCCCGCUUGGCAUCCUAUGUGAGGAACAGGUGAUCAUGGCGUUUGGGACUGUGAUCAGCACUGCCUACAGUGAUGGCGAGACGGAACUAGCUUCCGGAACAAUCUCCCAGAUUGUGGCCUUGUAUCUCGAUGGGGAUGUCUCCUUCUUGCCUGAAAAUAACCUUUCCAGAAAGUUCCAGCCUUUUCAGCCCUAA